CAUUACGACGAGCAGCUGAAGUGGUUUUGUUAUGUAGUGCGUUGAACUAAAAUCUACUCUUUUUAACUUUUUGGACGAUUUCAAGCUUCAAAAUUGUGCAUUUGCGCGGAAAUCGUAUUAUACAGAACAUGGCAGUCGGCGGGCGUGUUACGGGUCGUCUCGGGUAUGGCAAUGGAUACUCCGAUGGACGUUCGUACGCGGGCAUCAACGAAGAGAUAAUGUACGUGAGCAUAGGAAUGGGAAUUAUUAUUGCCAUUCUGAUUUGCAUUGCAUUAUGCUACAUAGCUCGGGAAAAUUGCAAAAACAAACGGGAAUACUAUAUUACUGCUUAGAAAUGUGACCAUUCGGUAGAAUCGGAUGAAUGUGUUGUUUAACAGCUAACUUUGGGUUUAUUAAAUGCUUUGCUAUUUACUAAAGUGUGUCAAAACAUACUACGUCGGGUUGGCGCCAUAGGAACAUUGGUAUUUCCCCAAGCUUACUGAUGAUAACGGAAAAGUCUGUUUAUUGCAAAACAAUAAUUACGAAAUACGUAUUGGUUCCUUUUUAUAAAUUAUACACAGUUAAAACGGUGCUGGAUAGUUUCAGCGGUACAAUGUUAUUACAAUUUAUACAACUCAAAGUAGGGGAAUCAUAUGGAAUAUAAUAAAUUGUUAAAAUAUGAGUAAAAUUAAUGAGAAGGACUGAAGCUGAAGCAUGAAUACAAGGACCCUGUUCCUGCCAACCUGUAGACACGUUGCUGCAAAUGAAUGUAAUAAAUGUAUGAAAAAUGUAAAUGUAAAACUUAAA